AUGUGCGAUUUCCCGGCCGCCUCGGGUCUCUUUGACCCGCCUUCUCUCUGCUUCCCCCGCCCGCUCCUCUGUGGCUGUGGUGGGGUGCUGCCCCGGUGCUUCGAGCUUUGGCUCCCUUCUUCCGCUCCGGACAUUUCUUUCUUCCGAUCGGGGUAUACUCUGCUUUCUUCUGCAGAGUAUUGCGACGUGGCUUCUUCCAUUGUGUCGGGUAUCUCCUCUAUCUGGCGCCGAGCUCUCUUUGCCUCUGCCCUUUUUACCCUGCCUGUUCCGAUUUGGUGCGCUCCUACGCCUGAAUGGACUGCAGCCGUUCACACAGCCAACCAGCUCUCGGAGGCUCGUCCUGAUCCCUUGCCGGAUCUUCCAACAGCCAGGGUCCCCUCGACCCACCCGGCUACAGCAGGACUAAUCGAUAACGACUCUCAGCGGGUAGCCCUUGUCCUUGCGCCGGGUUACCGUGGUGCGAAGGUGUUUCUGCCUCCUGGCCAGCUGCCCGAUGCCGAGGUCCUGCUUGCACAGGUUGCCGAACUUAUCCCCAAUGCACUCAUCCCCGCGCCCUUUCGAUUGGUGCCAGCCUUCCCACAGACAGCUAAUGGCUAUGCAGUCUUUGCACAGGUGCCACUUUGGCUCCCUGCAGCCCAUAGACGGGUCAUAGUUAUUGAUAUGACCCCCUGUGAGGGCCCGCUUUUUGCUUCGUUCGGGGAUAGUAGGCUUGAUUUCUCUGAUCUCGAGUACUUAGCUUCCGAGCAUCUUGGUGUGCCCUGGGAUGCCUAUCUGGGAACCGACACCAAUCCCCUCCGGUCCUCUUCUAGGCCUACGGUUGAGGAUGGAUAUGUUAUCCAGUUCAGGCCUAUCCAUAACUCACCCCCGCCAUGGCAGCCCCGUUUUCUUGACAUGCUGGUUGAAGAGGAACUUUGGCGAGAUGCGCCAUAUGUCUACGGCGACGGGGAUCAACCCACCCGAUGGGCGGUGCUGCAUGAGAGUUCGAUCGUCUUUAUCACACAUGACGGUGUUCUUGACGACGCACUACGCCAGAUCAUUGCAUCCCGCCUACAUUCUCAUGCGGAGCUUCUCACCAUUGAGCCUGCUCCGCGUGCCCUCAGCGACUCGGUUGCCUAUGCUGGUCAAGCAGUGCAUGGCUUGCUCGCUGUUGCGCUCAGAUCAGAACUGGUGGCGUUUGAACCUCCACGGGAUGUUCCUCGCUUCUUGGAUCUGCGCCCAACUGGUGCCAUUGUUGUCGGUUACAGCUCACACGCUGUGCCUACCGCAGCAGACUCGCCGGAGCAUGCCCCAGGUACAGCGACCGAUGAGCUGCCGCGCAGCGUGUCUUCUCCUGCUCUUGCACCCGAGGAAGACGAAUCUCCUUACACGGGGCCCGACUCCUCGGCCUCGUAUCCUGUCCCUUUUGUUCUCCUGACACCAGAUUGCAUCCCUGAAGUGCAUUGGCUUGACCUCUCCUUUCCACUUUCGGUGCAAGAAUCCCUCCGGGUUCUCAGGACUUUCAGGGUUGGACCGUGGGACGCCAGCACAGAUCUCCUGGUCCCAGUGUUCCCGCAGCCCGACAAAGAGUUUGCCACCCUGCUUGCUUUGCCGCCUUGGGCAGAAGGAUGCAAUUGCGUCUUGGUUGACUCACGUCAACUGCUUGGCAAAUUUUAUGCUGCCGUCGUUGAUAAUUGGACACAAUGGUCAGUCUUCCUGUCUCGUCUCGGAUAUGAGGUCACUCACCAGAUCACCAUUUUUGUGCGUGGCAUACCGCUUACGCCCGGUAGACCGGUGAUGCUUUCCCAGGGCGAUGUUGUUACGGUGCUAUCUGCCUCUGCUGAGAUUGCGCCACUGCUCACCCUGGAUUCCAUGCUCCUUUCGCGCUCGACCUGGCGGUCUUCCCUUGCGCUUUCUGUUACCCCUCCUCGUUGGGUCUACCACGUUCUCACUGAUGGCAUGCCGAUUGUCCUCGAGAUUGAACGUCGUACCAUUCAGUGCGAACUUGAUUUCCGUCACCUUGUGUGUGCCAGGUUGCUGGGACGUGUUCCCAGACUGCAAGGCGUCGUUUUCUUAGAUCUUCGCCUUAUUUUUAAGGGUAUGUCCUGGCAAGUUGUUGAGGGGAACCAUGUCAGCCUUUCUCGUUUAGAGAGGGAGUUCGGCGUUGACGUGCCAGCGGGCUAUCGGGUCAGUGUCCUGGGUGGUUCGGCUGAACUUAUCGGUGAUCAGACUAUGCUGAGGGUUGAGCAUAGAUCCACGCUCACUGUUGAAUACGUGCCCUCGGAGCCUCCACCUCCACCUUCUUCCACUUCCCCUGCUUCGGAUGGUCCAUCGCAUGAUGGCCCCGACGGUGAUCAUGGAAACGGCGAUGAGGAUGACGAUUCAUCAUCUUCCAGUUCAAGCUCGUCACCGUCUCCCCCAGCGAGACCCAAUAAGCGACGGCGCAACCGAUUGCCGACCGGCUCUUCGCGCACAGCAGCACAUGCUCACGGCACCCCUGGUGCCACAAUAUGCCUCCUUGUUGCGACAGUGCCUUGUGCAGCUCACGUCGGGACUUCUGGUCAAUAUGCGCAUAUGCCCAUCUCCGACGGAGCCCUGGCCUUCCUACUUCUCGCCUCGUUUGACAUGGAGCCUACUGAUACGACUGUGACUGGGCAAAGGCUCAUCUCCGACUUGCGCCGUGCCACACGGGUGCUUGGGGGGACUUGGCCAGUGCUUACCCCUGACGGCACAAGGACUGAUGAGUUGGGCUCGCAUUCCUCGGAUUCCGACCAGGAGGACUUCCGAACACAGUGGAUUGCGACGGUCAUCUUAGUGCCGUUGUAUGCCCCAGAAGUGUUGUCCAUCGCCUUACAGUUGCCGGCUGCGGUCGGCCAGUGUAUUGCUGCUGCACAGACAGCUCGCCAUCCCACAGCACUUCAGCGUUUUCCCUGCCUGGUGCCUUUGCACCCCCAACCAAUUUAUGGUGUCGCAUCCUUUCUUGCUGUGCCGGACUGGCCCACUCUCAAGGUUCUGGUUUGCGCUGAUAUGCGUGCCAUUGAUGGUCGACUUCUGGCCAUUGAAGCUCCCGCCUAUGUUGACAGAUCUCAACUCCUGCAGCUGGUCACACUUCCGGUUGAACGCUCAAUUGAGGUUUGUGUUGGGCCUCUCUCAGAUUCCUUAGGCCCCGAUGCCUCUGUCCAUUUGCGUUCUGGAGAUGUGAUCUCCUACCGGCCACUCUCCGAGCCGCCAAGUGUCUCUUCUACCCUUGAAAUUCUCCUCAGAGUUUCCAGGGAGUGGCUUGAGCGCAUCGAGCUGCCAUCGGUUUUUGGAACACCCGCCUACUGCCUGGUUACGCCUGAGGCCAUUGUCCUCUUUCAGACCAAUUUUGCGCAACCGACGCAAUACAGGAAUCAUAUUGCCAAUGCGCUGGGCUACUCUUUGCGUCAUCUGCGGCUCCAACCAGCACGGCCCCAGGUUCGUGAUGCCUUUUUGGACGGACAUUUCUGCCACGCUGUCAUUGCGGUGUCUGAUGCAGCUGCGUCCAAUCAUGACGCACAUGUGCUUCUGGACUGCCGCUCUCUCCUUGCAGGAUGGCGCAUGUAUUGUGCCAGGGAUGGUAUGUUGGACAUUCAAGUGGUGUUAGCCCUGCUCUCUGAGCUUGUUCCCCCGGGUUUCUGUGCCUCUUUUCACGAUAUCCCUUCGGACAUUGCACACCUUAGAGUCACGCCUGGCAGAGUACUUGAGGUUGUUAUCAAGCCCUGCCUGCCAGCGGCUGCUCCACAGGAUGUCACUUCCGUGCCCACAGACGGUACAGUAGCACCCCAUGGAGCGGAUGCUCCGCCCGUAUCUGAGAUAGGUGCAGCUGACAGCCACCCCUUGGCACGUGCUAACCCUCCCGCAGAUGAACUUGCCGCACACUUGAUUGCUCCAGAUGGCCCUCCAGAAGACUCUGAGACUGCACCCGGCAGCUCGCACAUCAGUGCUUCUUUCUUUGUGUUUUCACCCGAUUAUGCCCCUGAGCAUGUUGAGGUUAGGACUCCUCUGCCAGUCACUGUGCAUCGCGCCCUGGAACAAGUCUCUGCGGGUCGGCAUCCUUUACACCGUCUCAGAUUCCCGCGACUGCUCCCAUGCGUCCCUCAAACAGUCCCGGGCCUGGCUACACUUGUCUCGAUCCCAGUAUGGACCAACCAAGUUUGUGUCCUCAUUGACAGCAGGCUCUUGAACGAUCGGCUCUUUGCUAUAACGCUACCAGCUCGGCAGUCGAGAGACGACCUGCUCCGCGUUGCCUCAAUCACAGAGGCCGAUGGCACUUUGGUCUUUGUUGGGAAUCUGCCCUGGCCAGUGCCCGACCUGCAGUGGGCAACACUUAGGGAUGGUGAUACCGUACAUUUAUUGCCUCCUGAUCACAUCCCCUUCGCUGUGGUCGAGCUUUCUGAUAUGCUCCAAGACCCAGAUGCCUGGCAAGUAGAACCACACCUGCCGUUUGACCGCCAUGACUUUAUCUGGGUCAUGUCCGCGCAGUCGAACUUUGAAUAUCUUGUUCCGCCCAGCCGACGACAGGAACUGCGUGAGGACAUCGCUGCUGUUCUCCACAGCAGCCCAGCGGCACUUGAUCUGAGGCCUGCCCUUCUCAAUGAUGCCGAUUUCUAUCGGGAUGGACAUGCCAUGCGAGCUGUUCUCGCAAUCCUUACAGGGCACCGACGCUCUGUUCCCAGAGACAGGCCACCUGUCUGUUUUCUGGAUCUGCGACCUAUUCUGCUUGGGAUGUCGUGGAUUACUGUGGCUGAGGGGCGUGUUGACCACCAAAGGCUCCUACUGCGCUUCCAGCCUCGGUGCCCUCCUGGACACACCGUUGCCGUAUCUACCCAUGACCAGUUUCCUGCGCCUCUAUCAGCCGACAUAGUCAUUGCCGAUGGAUGGGCAGGUUUUGGUUGUUGA